AUGGAUGCUGGAACCCACGCCCCCGAUUAUUCUACAACCUCAAUGUUUUCUUUAGUAACUCAGGGAAUCGCAAUGACUGUGAGUCGAUUGCUGAAGGGCGAUAUGCUUCAGUCUGGAAACAAAUGGCAAAAUGGAGGAGAGAUCCUUUUCGACGCUGAGAUCCCCAACGAAGCGGAGGAUGGCGGUGAGGAAGUUAAGUGA